UAAUUCGGUGUUAGUAGAAAGAGGAAUGUUUUGCGAUAUCAAAUUUUGGUGCCGUACAUAAAUGAUAUACCAAAUCAAAUUAAAUAUGGCUAUCAUAAAUUUUACUUCUUCUUCUUAACCAAAAGUCAACAAUAUCAUGUCUGCACAAGAACAUCUCGUCACUCCUAUGAACGAUGAAGGUGAAUACUUGCUUGAAACUGCUGCUAAUGACGUUUAUGAAGCUGUGAUUGACGAUGUUGAAGAUGAAGAUCUUGACGAAGAUGCACUUUAUUUGAAACGAGAACUUGAAAGCCAUAAAAGUCUUCAUUGGCUCAAACGUCCAUCAGUGAUACUGAUUUGUAUAGCCAUAUUCCUUUUCACUGCGCUGAAUACCGUCGGAGCAGCUGCUUUCCAGCUAGUGCUUUAUCAAUUAAGUUGUAAUUCUGUAGCGGAAAACGGUGUGUGUGAUCCGGUUCGUGCUCAAAUCGUACUUUCAACUUAUUCCCAAUAUGAAAUGAUCUUGGGAGGUAUAUUACCCAUUUUAGCCUCUGCAAAGGUUGGAGAACUUCUGGAUAAGUAUGGCCGUAAGCCAUUUCUUUCACUUAUUUUCCUGGCAUAUUGUCUUCAAAAGCUUCUCAGCUAUAUUCUAGUUAUGAAAGCUGUUGAAUUACCGUUCAUUGGAUUGCUAGCUUGUGUAAUGCUUGGAUCAAUAUUUGGUGGAGUGGCGACUAUUAUUGCUUUAGCACAAUCAUAUGUGACAGAUGUAAUCGAACCACAUCAAAGAACAUUUUGUAUUGGGUUAGUUCUGGCUGCUGUUAUGGUUGGUCAAGGUGUCGGUCCAGCAGUGGCUGGAUUGGCUGUUACCUUAUUCGGUGGUUCUGGAGAACCUAAUAAUAAAGCUGACUAUAGUAUUCAAAACAUAGGCAUUGAUUCUAAGUUUGGUCCUAGUCAAUUAAUACCGUUAAGGACCGAGUUGUUGAUUACAAUAAUGUUAUCACUUUAUUCGAUCUUUAUAGUUCCAGAAUCGAGGGGAAAAAGGGCAAGAUCCAAAUCGAGAUCAAGUUCAGUAGCUGUUUCAGCUUUGGGUGUCACUGAGAGACUUAGAGCUAUCGAACAACCUUCAUUAUUAGUACAAAUGGGUAGAUUACUUAACUUAUUAAAGCCAUUGACAUUGUUAGCUUAUCCUUCUAGCAUCGUUCCACAGAGUCGUAAACAUAACAUAGUCAAAUAUCGUAUUGUUGUUAUACUUUUAAUUGUAUUCGGUACGAUUUUUGUAAGUACACAUAUGGCAUUUGGUCAAAUUCUUCUUCAAUAUGGUAUUUUCAGAUUUAACUGGGGAACAACGGAGAUCGGUUAUUUUAUCACCAUAGUCUGUGUAGGUGCUUCGGUCAUGUUAACUUUUGGAGCUCCAAUUAUGAUUAAUACCAUCUUACAAGGUUAUUUUGGACUCACACCACUUAAGCGUCAACUUGAUUUAAUUGAUUUUUUCAUGAUUAUGUGGGGUAGAGUUGUUGACAUAAUCGCUUAUUCAGUUUUAGCUGCUGCCACAUCUUCAGCUCAAAUAUACGGAGGCUGUAUAUUGGUAGGUCUUGCUACCCCAGCAGGACCAGCUGUAACCGCUGGAUUACUUAAAUUUUUCCCAAGUUCCAAAACAGGUGAGUUUUUUGGAGCUAUUUCAUUAGUACAAAGUUUUGCUAAUAUCAUUCUGACUUUAAUGGUUAUGAGUAUGUAUAGAUUUGGAAUUAGACAUAGUUUCCCAGAACUUGUCUUUGUAUUCUAUGCUUGUUUAAGUUUUCUUUACAUUUGUGUUUUAUUGAUUGUAAAGAAGAUAUUAAGAUUAACUGUUGAAACUAACGACGAACAGUUAAUCAGAAGCAACUCUUCUCUUUCGUUAGCACCUUCUGAUGUCAGUGAAUAAUUUCAGUUCGUCAUGGUUUAAUUUUUUGGUUAUUUAGAUUUUGAUAGUUAUAUUUAGUAGAUAUACAUUAAUUUUGCAGUUUAGCACUAGCGCUAACGGGAUAUUUUUCUGCAUAGGGAAAUACAUGAUUUUCCCUGGAGAUAAAC